AUGACCUCCCGGCCAAUCGCCGCCGCCGCCGCCCCUAACGGCCACCACCACCACUACUACCCUCCGCCGCCGACAUCUUCGUCUUCUUCCUCCGCCUCCCUGCGCGGCUGCUGCUGCUGCCUCUUCCUCCUCUUCUCCUUCCUCGCCCUCCUCGUCCUCGCCGCAAUCCUCGUCGUCGUCCUCGUCGUGAAGCCGAAGAAGCCGGAUUUCGACCUCCAGCAGGUCAGCGUCCAGUACGUGGGCAUCAGCCCCACCACCGCUUCCUCCGCCGCCGUGUCGCUCAACAUCCGGAUGCUCUUCAUCGCCGCCAACGACAACAAGGUCGGGAUCAAGUACGGCGAGUCCAGGUUCACCGUCAUGUACCGCGGGAUCCCGCUUGGCCGGGCCGAGGUCCCCGGGUUCUACCAGCCCGCCCACAGCGUCAGGCGGGUCGAGACCACCAUCGUCGUUGACCGGGUCAGCCUGCUCCAGGCCGACGCCGCCGAUUUGCUCAGGGAUGCCUCGCUCAACGACCGGGUCGAGUUUCGGGUCCUGGGCGAUGUCGGGGCGAAGAUCCGGAUUCUGGGCCUUACCUCGCCCGGUGUGCAGCCCACUUAUUUUGACUUUGUUAUGUUGGUUUCUCAUUGUUACGCAAGUCAUUCUGGUAUGACGGACAUGUGGAAAGAUUGUACAAUAGCCAUCAGUCCAAGAAAUCAGUCGUUAAUAUACAAGCAGUGCGGAUUUGAUGGCCUCAGC